UCACUACCCUUUUGCUUCUCCCUGCCCCCAUCCCUGGGGAGCCAGGCAGUACAGGGCACCUAUGGCAAGGCCAUGGGACAAUACUGAUGGGAGUGCUCUGGGAAUUGGGGAAGGGGUGGACAAUGCCUCCCAGAUCCAAACCUCCCUCACCUCCUGACAAAAGUUCCCAGGCUGGGAAGCAGAAAUGUGGGGGCAGUGAGUAUGAUUGGGCCCAAGGGGCUGAGACCAAGGCUGGAGGGGGAACAAAGCAAGGGAAUGGAUCAGGGAAAAGAAGGCAUGGAUAGAGAUUCCCGAGCAACAGAGCAGGGGGGUUGGGCACCAGAUCUCCUGGGUUCUCUCCCCAGCUCUGAGUGUGGGGGCUGGAUGGUUAGAGCAGGGGAGUUGGGCGCCUGGACUUCUGGGUCUGUCCGCAGCUCUUGGGAGUUAGUUAGAAUGGAGUGGGACAGCUGGGAGCCAGGGCUCCUGGGUCCUCUUCCUGGUCCUCAGGGAUGGCCGGAGUAAAGCAGAAUCUCCCUGCUCCGGAACUCCGGUUGCCAGGGAGACACAUGGCUACCGGUUCCUAUUGCCACAGCAACGGGGCCUUGGCUUUGAGGAUGAGAAAAGAGGAUGGAAUCCAUCGUUCACAGCCCCUCCCUGCCCGGCUGCUGCAGUGACACACGGCUGGAGGAACAGGGCUGGGCUGGCAGGAGUGAGGGGCACCGGCAGGGUUGGGAGGAACCUAGGGGUGGGUGGCAGGGGCCGCCAGUUGGGAGUGAGGGGCACUGGCAAGGUUGGGAGUAGCCCAGGUCUGGGUGGCAGGGACUGUAGGUCGGGAGUGAGAGAUUCAGCAAGGCCUUUGUUGGGCUUUACAUGGUAAUGUGUUUAACCCAAGGUAUAGCAGGGUGAUACCCCAAUAUUUUCCAUGGCCACCCCAGGUGAGGCCCCCAUGCUGCGCCCACCCACUGGACCCCUCCCCGCACCACCCCCGACCCAUCAUGGAACGCAACAGAGCCCCCUGGUGCUGCUAGAGUCCCCUUGCUGAGCCACGCCUGGAUCCACAUCUCUUUCCACAAGCACCCUCUCCCCACCAUGCUGCUCCCUCUUGGUGCCAGCUGGCAGACGGGCGCAGCCGUCCUGCUCUGGGCUGUGGUGCUGGCCAGGGCAGCCAGCGCGCCGAAGCCAGAAGAGAAGCACCCGGUGGCUAGCACCAACUAUGGCAAGCUGCGGGGCAUGAAAAAGGACUUGAACAACGAGAUCCUGGGGCCGGUGGUGCAGUAUCUGGGGGUUCCCUACGCCACUCCGCCUGUUGGCGACCGGCGCUUCCAACCCCCCGAAGCCCCAGCCUCCUGGGCCGAUGUCCGCAAUGCCACGGCCUUCGCCCCCGUCUGCCCACAGAACGUGCACGGGAUGCUGCCUGGCAUCAUGCUACCCGUCUGGUUCACCGACAACCUGGAGGUCGUGGCCGCCUAUGUGCAGAACCAGAGCGAGGAUUGUCUCUACCUCAACCUCUACGUGCCCAUGGAGGACGGUCCACUCACAAAAAAACGCGACGAUCCGACCGGAAACAGUCCCUCGGGAGACGAAGAUAUCCGGGACAGUGGAAAGAAACCAGUGAUGCUUUUCCUCCAUGGCGGCUCCUACAUGGAGGGGACAGGGAACAUGUUCGAUGCCAGUGUGCUGGCUGCCUAUGGCAACGUCAUUGUGGUCACCAUGAACUACCGCCUGGGGGUGCUGGGAUUCCUGAGCACCGGUGACCAGUCAGCCAAGGGGAACUACGGGCUCUUGGACCAGAUCCAGGCCCUGCGGUGGCUCAACGAGAACAUCGGGCACUUUGGGGGGGACCCUGAACGCAUCACCAUCUUCGGCUCCGGUGCUGGUGCCUCCUGUGUCAACCUGCUCAUCCUUUCUCACCACUCGGAAGGUCUCUUUCAAAAGGCCAUUGCCCAGAGUGGCACGGCCAUCUCCAGCUGGUCAGUCAACUACCAGCCGUUGAAGUACACCCGCAUGCUGGCUUCCAAGGUGGGCUGCGAUCACCUGGACACCAGUGAGACGGUGGAUUGCCUCCGCCGAAAGCCAUACCGGGAGCUGGUCGACCAGGACAUCCAACCAGCCCGCUACCACAUCGCCUUCGGCCCCGUGGUGGAUGGAGAUGUGGUGCCGGACGACCCAGAGAUUCUUAUGCAACAGGGGGAAUUCCUCAACUAUGACAUCUUGAUCGGAGUGAACCAGGGUGAGGGGCUGAAGUUCGUGGAGGACUCAAUGGAGAACGAAGACGGAAUCUCCGCCAGUACCUUCGAUUUCACCAUCUCCAACUUCGUGGACAAUCUCUACGGCUACCCGGAAGGGAAGGACAUCCUACGAGAGACCAUCAAGUUCAUGUACACUGACUGGGCCGACCGGGACAACGGCGAGAUGCGGCGGAAGACCCUGCUGGCGCUCUUCACUGACCACCAGUGGGUAGCGCCGGCAGUGGCCACAGCCAAGCUCCACGCCGAUUAUCAGUCACCGGUCUACUUCUACACCUUCUACCAUCACUGCCAGACUGACACCCGGCCUGAGUGGGCUGAUGCUGCCCAUGGCGAUGAAAUCCCUUACGUCUUCGGGGUGCCCAUGAUCGGCGCCACUGACCUCUUCCCCUGCAACUUCUCUAAGAAUGACGUCAUGCUGAGCGCUGUGGUCAUGACCUACUGGACCAACUUCGCCAAGACAGGGGACCCCAAUCAGCCAGUGCCACAGGACACCAAAUUCAUCCACACCAAGCCCAACCGCUUCGAGGAGGUGGUGUGGACCAAAUUCAACGCCAAGGACAAGCAGUACCUCCACAUCGGCCUCAAACCCCGGGUGCGCGACAACUACCGGGCCAACAAGGUGGCUUUCUGGCUGGAGCUGGUGCCUCACCUCCACCACCUGCACGACCCCGUCUACACCUCCACCACCACCCGUGUCCCACCUUAUGGCACCCGCUGGCCCCCUGGCUCUCGGGCAGGGCCCAGCACCCCCCGCCGCCCCUUCCCCACCCUGCCGCCAGAUGAGGACGAGGUGGACGAUGGCCGGCGUUACGCCCCCUUCCCGGGGGACUCACGGGACUACUCUACCGAGCUGAGCGUUACUGUUGCUGUAGGGGCCUCCUUGCUCUUCCUCAACAUCUUGGCCUUUGCUGCCCUCUACUAUAAGCGGGACAAGCGGCACGAGUUGCGUGGGGGCGGCGUGGCAGGCCGGCGGCCCCGCCCCCAGCGCAACACUGCCAACGACUUGGUGCAUGGGGGUCAGGAAGAGGAGCUCAUGUACGACGCUCAUGACCUAGAGCCGCUGCGACCUCAUGACAUCCUGCGCCCGGCCUGCCCUCCCGACUAUACCCUGGCUCUGCGCCGGGCACCAGACGACGUGCCCCUGAUGACGCCCAACACAAUCACCAUGAUCCCCAGUACCAUUACGGGAAUGCAGGCCCUGCACCCAUUCAACACCUUCCCCACUGGGCACAACAACACCCUGCCUCACCCUCACUCCACCACCCGGAUGGAUGAUGGAGACACCCAAUGUCCUUCCUAUUACAGUCUCAGCACUGACCGGUGCUGGAGAAAAACCGACUGUUAUUAAUUCACCUUGAAUGGAUGAUGGAGAGAUGCCGACACCCUUCCUCAUCUGGUAAGAGUGUGGGAAGGUGUUGGAGAGGGACUGUCCAUUCUUCGUUCAUCCCAGAUGGGUGGUGGAGACCUCCAAGACCCUUCCCAAUGCCAUAUCAACACUGGAGGCUAGCAGAGAGAAAUUGUCCAUCCUUUGUUCAUCCUGGAUGGAUGGUGGAGACCUUCAAGACCUGUCCCAAUGCCAUAUCAACACUGGAGGCUAGCAGAGAGAAAUUGUCCAUCCUUGAUUCAUCCUGGAUGGAUGGCGGAAACCUCCAAACCCUCCCCUAUACCAUAUCAAUAUUGGAGGUUAGCGGAGAGUAAUUAUCCGUCUUUCAUUCACCUUGGAUGGAUGAUGGAGACAUCCAAUAUCUUUCCCAGACAGUGUCAGCAAUGGAAGGUUUAGAAAGAAACCAACCAUUCUUCACUCAUCUUGGAUCAAUGGCGGAGAGACACAUGCAACAUCCUUCCCAAUGCAUGAGUGCUGAAUGGUGUUGGAGAGAAACCGACCAUCCCUCACUUAUCCUGAAGAGGUGGUGGGAAUGCCAACACCUUUCUCAAUGUAGGACUGGAACUGUACAGGGUUGGAGAGAAACCAAACAUAUUUCUCUCACCUUGGCUGGAUUACAGAGAUGCUCAAUGAUUUUCUCAAUGUAGUAUAGGCUCUAGGAGGUAUCUGAGAGAAGCCAGCAGCCCAUACUUUAUCUUGGCCGGAUUAUGGAGAUACCCAAAGUUCUACUUAGAAUGGCAUCAGCACCAAAGUGUUGGAGAGAGCACAACCAUCCCUUAAUCUUCUUGGGGUAAGGCAGAGAAACCAGCGUCUUUCCCAUUGCGGAUUUGGCAGUAUAGGAUGUUUGAGAGAAAGCAACUGUCCUUCGCACAUGAUGGAGAAGCCAAUGCUCCCCCCAUCCACCCACCCUCUGCCACCACUUCUAGAAGGUUCCAGAGGGGAAACCAGCUGCCAUAUGGAGGCCAUAAAUGGGGGAAAAUUAUACCUGGAAA